GCUUUCAUUUAUUCAUCUUUCCCGAUUGCUCUAAAAUUUCAGCAGUUGUUGAGUAGAAGUGGAGAAAAUGAGCUGCCUUGAUUUUAGAAGAAAAGCUUUCAGUCUUUCAUUAGUGUUGACUACUGGUUUUUCAUAUAUGACUUGCAUUUAAAGUUGAAGUAGAUUCCUUCUAUUCCUAGCUUGCUGUGUUUUUUUGGAUCAUCAAAGGAUCUUUGAAUUUAAUCAAAUGGUUUUUCUAUAUCCAGUGAGAUGACCAUGACGUUUUUUUCUUUUAUUCCACCAAGGCGGUAUAUUACAUUUAUUUUCAUAUGUUGAGUCAUCCUCAAAUUCCAGAAAUGAUUUCCACUUGGUCAUAGGAUAUAAUUCUUUAUUUUUUGUACUGGGGAUUGAACUCAGGACCUUGCAGUGGUGCCAUUGAACUAAAUUCCAGUCCUGUAUUCUUUUUAAGCUACUAAUUUGACUUGCUAGUCUUUUAGUGAGGAUUUUCACAUCAAUAUCCCAAGGGACACUGACCUGCCCUUUUCUUCUAGUGCCUUUGUUUGGCUUUGGUAUCAGAGCAACACUGGUCUUAUAGAAUAAGCCAGAAGUGUUCCAUCUGUUCAAGUUUUGAAAUUCGAGGAUUGGUGUUGGAUCGUCCUUAAAUGUUUCAUAGAAAUUAUCAGUGAAGCCCACUGGUCUGGAACUUUUUCUUGGUAGGUUUUCUGUUUCUAGGAAUUUAUCCCUUUCAUCUAGUUACCCAGAUUUUGGCAUAUGGUUCUUCACAGUACACUCUUAGAAUCCUCCAUAUAUUUGUAGAUUGGGUUGUAAUAUCCUUAAGGCAUUUUAGACUUGGAUAAGGACAUCUAUAUGUUUUAACCUUUUGAGCAAGAUACAUCAUUAUAGCUCAAGGAAGAAAAGGGUGAUAUUUGUAUUUGAACCUGUGCUGUUUUUAGUCAUUCAGUGCUAGGCAGAUAGAUGUAGGUUAUCAAAGUUUGGGUUCUGAGAAUUUUAAACCUUUUAGUUUUCUGUUUUUGGUGGUAAUCUUGCCAAUCCGGUAAUUUCUAUGAAUGUGUUUUAACUGUCAGUGUAUUAUAUUUGUAUUUUGCAGUCGUAGUCAAUGAAAAAUAACGAAAAAGAAAAAGCACACAAUUUAUAUAGUAUUGAAGCCUUUCAUUUAAAGGUCAUUCCUAUAUAUAUAUUUUUCAUUUUUACUUUUUCUUGAGAGCUCAAGUAAUUUCAGAAGUAAAACAAAAUCGAGGGACCUAAGACACCGAGUAGUACUGUGUAAGCUACUUAACAAAGCUAUUUUUCCCUUUUUAAUUUGGAUUACACAAUGUACUUACUAAGUUACUACUUGGGUUUCUCUCUGCUACGAACAGAGAAUUUAAGUUAAUAUCAAAGCCCACAGACUCUACAGAGUAUGCUACCGUCACGGUGGGUCAGUAAGGCUAAGUUGCCAUUUACGGAGUUGGAACUAAUCCGAGGGCCGAGCUACAGCAAAGCUCACGAGACUCGAGCGCGAAGCUUCUCAGGGUAGUCACAGACUACUCAGGACUCCUAAUUCACAGCACUGUGUGGUUUGCUUCUUCCUCUUCCAACACAACCAGCGCCGGUUACAAAGAGCAAGCGCCUCGCGACAAUUGACACAGACUUGGAAGCCACGGGGCCCACCCGUCGGCUGCUCUUCUAGAGAAGCAGCAGGCAGCACCAACGUAAGACGAACGCUCCGAAAGGUCUAUGCGUAUCCGGAAGUCCCGCACUACGCCGGUAGCGGACUAGCUUCUCGCGAGAAGACGGAUCCUUAGAAGGCACAAAUUUCCCCCUUUUGUAGCGCCGGUUUUGUGGGCAAAGGUAAACACCCAGUCGCCGAAGUGGUUUUAGUCGUUCUGACGUCGAUACCCCUUCCUCAGCGAAAACUAAGCCAUCGACAGUGAUGGAAAGGCAGCGAGGGCAAGGAAGCCAGGCAACCCUGGCACUCGCUCAGGCGUACUUCGAGAGGGGCGAGUACGCGGAGGCCGAAGCGCGGUACUCGAGCAAAUGCAGCCCUGAGGAUUUGGCUACUGCAUAUAACAACAGGGGGCAAAUCAAGUACUUCAGGGUUGAUUUUUACAAAGCAAUGGAUGACUACACAUCUGCCAUAGAAGUCCAGCCCAGUUUUGAAAUUCCAUAUUACAACAGAGGGUUGAUAUUGUACAGACUGGGAUAUUUCGAUGAAGCUUUGGAAGAUUUCAAGAAAGUAUUAGACUUAAAUCCUGGAUUUCAAGAUGCUACUUUGAGUUUAAAACAGACUAUUCAAGACAAAGAAGAGAAACAAAGAAGAAAUACUUAAAACAAUUAUUGAACUUUUUAACUUGAAAUACUUUUGAUCCUUACACCUGGACCUAAUUGACUGUAAUUUUAGAUACUGAGUUCUUUGUAUUUAAGAUAAGACAUUCAUGCGUCAGCACUGAAAGUUAAUAUGUUUAAGAUUGUUAAUUUCAGAUUGAGAAGUGUUUUGAUUUGCUGAUUUUUAUAGAGUGUACAUAAAUAAUCUGAGUGUAUAAGUGUGUAUUAUUCCAGAAUAAUAUUUUAAAUGAAUGUAUUUUCUUCAGUAAGUCUUCUUUUUGCUAUUUUUUUGGUUUGGAAAAACUUUACCUACAGAAAAGUUAAAAGUAUAAUGCCAUCAGCAUCAAGAAACUACUCAUUCAGUUUCAUUGGUUGUUAACAUUGUGCCACAUUUGCUUUUUCUCUGUAUUUAAAAAUAAAACUUGUUGCUGAAUCAUUUGAGAAUUAAGAUACAGUCAUCACAGUACUUCACCCCUAAAUACUUCAGCCUGCAUCUUUCAAGGAUAAAGAUGUUCUUUUUUAUUAUCAUAAUACCAUUAUAACACCUAGUAAAGUUAAUAAUUCUAUAAUGUCCUCCAUAUCCAAAAAAUAUUCAGAGUUCCCCAUACUUCAAAAUGUGUAGAUUUUAUUUUGGGGUCUGUAGCCUAUCAGGUUGCAUUUCUCUGUUAUGUCUCAGUUCUUUUAAUCUAGAAUCAUUGUCCUUGUUCAUUUUUUUCGUUGAAGCAUUUGUUUUGAGAGUAAAGCUAGCUAUUUUAUGUAGCUGGGCUGGAAAGAAAAUAUUUCGGCUUAAAAAUAAGCACAUGUCAUCCAGGAGAGCAAACAAAUUUACUGUACCCUUGAUUUUCUCUAGAAAUCAUUGACAGGUUAAGAUUUAAAACUACUGUAUAUUGAGCAUAGUUUUCUUUCUGGAUCAUGAGAGUUAUUUUCAUCAUUACCAUUUUUGAAAGAGCAACCUAAGCAUUCGUACUCUUAACGAUUUACGGGUGGUGUGGGGGUGGACAGGAAGGGAUUGAUAGAAAUACACGGUGAAUGUAAAGCUUUAAAAGUUCCCCUCUAGGUGCGGCCAACAAGCGAGUGGGCUCUGCUGAGCUCUCGGAACUGGGAAAGACUGGGAGAGAAAGCAAGCAAGCUGAAGCUGGAGCUCAGUCCACAUCUUUACAUUUUUAUUGUUGUGGUUUGGUUUCCAAAUGUAUGACCCUGAACGUGAAAUUGCCAAGCUAGUGUCACUGCCGUGUACACUGUCGGGUGGAGACGGCCCUCUGGGGAGGAAAGGGCGCCAGGCGCAGGACCCCCCUGUGGUCUCGGUGCGGUAGCCACCAUCAGCCUUAGCAGGGCUCUUUUUUAUGUUUUUGAGUAAAAGCACACAAAGACAAGUAAUUGCUGUGUGUGUAGUUCAUAAAUAAUACCUUGCAAGAAUGCAUGGAGAGUUGGUCCUGCAGGCGAAUGGGUAUGGAGAGGAGAUUACAUUUGAUGGCCGAAAAGAAAAAUAUAUUUCUGGAGUUAUUCACCUUUCCAGUGAUUUAUGUCUCCAUUAUUGAAAAUGAAUUUAUACAGUUGCAUGAAAGCAGAAAAAAUUCUUUUUUAAAAAAACUUUUUUUAAAAAAGUGAAAUCCCUAGGUGUUAGGAGACCUUAAAACCAUCCCACCGGAAGAACCCAGUACCUGAAAAAUACUGACAUGACUUUGUAUCCUCUGGGCACAUACUGUUUUCUCUUUACUCUUUACUAGGAUCAGAUACAAUAACAAAAAGAAUACUUGUUAAAAAACAUUGGUUUGCUGGAUUUUAUUAAAAUUUCUUCUUUAAAAAAAAGCUUCAUUGAAAAAGUCACUGAAGUGCAAAUCAGCACUUGCUGAUCAGAGAGCCAGGCACUAUUUUCUUUUGUUUGCUACUGGAAGUAACUAAACCGUAAUGCAUUUACCUCAUUUAUCUUCUUUGAAAGUAGGCAUUGUACAUCCAGAUUCUAAGUUUCUGAUUGGCCGAUACUUUCGAUACUUUGCUUAGAGAUAGUCUGGUUCAGAAUUAUGCAUCUUUCCCACAUUUCAGUGUUUGCUUCAUUUUUCCUUUUUUUUUUUCCUAUUAGAAAAACACUCAAAUUGUAUUGUCUUCUAAGUUGUUUUUUCCUCUGCAAAAGCAAAGCAGGAAAUUGUGGUUUGAUACCAGAAUUUUCUUUCCCUAAGUAUAAUAAAACAGUAUAAAUUGAUUUAAGUUAUGUUUCUGGGUUUAGAAAGUUACCCGUUCGCCCUUUUGGGAUGUGUGGAACUGAGCGCAGCCAGGGUCUGUCUCUGAUGGUCGACUCUAGAAGAGCUGGCUACAACUGCACGUCUGAUCGAUCUGUGCCUGUUUGUCCUGUGUCUUUCCUGGAUUUUCUCUUCUCUCGCCGGUGUCUUUGGCUGAAACAUAACAUUGGCCUCCUAUUACUGCACAGGCUGUAAAUCUUUUCAAGUGUGCGCACUUUAUUUAUCUCUGGUGGGGCCGACGUAUCCAGCCUUCACACUGAUGCUCAUCUCAGUGUCUCCCGUCUGAGUGUAGUCCUCUUACAGUUUUAACUUCAAAUGUCAAAUAAACCUAUCUCUUACUUAACAACGUCAGUUGGUUCCAGGAAAUGCUGCUUCUGGGUGAAAAGCCAUUACAUAAAAAAAUACUUUUAGUUGGAAAAAUUCCAUUUUUUCCCACAAUACCCUCUUUUCACAGUAAGAAAAAUGAAUGCAAGUGCCUAUAAGUGUAACAACUGGAAAGUAACUGAUUUGCACAGACUGUUAGGAGCAUUUACUUGUUUUUUCUGCUGACACAUAUAAAAACAGUUGCAUUGAGAUAUAGUUCACAUACAGUUCAUUUAUUUGAAUUUUAUAGCUGGGUGUUUUUUUAAAGUAUAUUCCAGGUUUCUGCGCCAUUUUUUAAAACCACUUUUUAAGCUUUUUGAAUUGCAUGCCAAUGAAAUGUAAUAAAGUUCU